UCCAACGUGUUCGCCAUGUUUGAGCAGUCCCAGAUCCAGGAGUUUAAAGAGGCGUUCACCAUCAUGGACCAGAACAGAGAUGGCUUUAUCGAUAAGAAUGACCUGAGAGACACGUUUGCUGCUCUGGGGCGUCUGAACGUGGGGAAUGAUGAGCUGGAGGAGAUGCUGAAGGAGGCGUCGGGCCCCAUCAACUUCACCGUGUUCCUCACCAUGUUCGGCGAGAAGCUCAAAGGUACGGACCCAGAGGAGACCCUUCUCAACGCCUUCAAGAUCUUCGAUCCGGAGGGGAAAGGACUUCUGAAGGGAGAGGAGAUCAAAUACAACCUCAUGUCCCAAGCAGACAAGUUUACCGAAGCAGAGGUUAGUCAGAUGUUCACCAAUUUCCCCCUGGACGUGGCUGGUAACCUGGACUACAAGAACCUGUGCUACGUCAUCACCCACGGGGAGGACAAGGAGCAGGAGUGA